GUUUACAAGUGGCAGCCAGCACUUAACCAUGCCACGGAGCGGGACAAGAAACUAGCGCCGCGUGCGUGAUAGCCGAUCGCGAAUUAAAGUGGAACGCUCAGCGUUUAAUCUUGUUCUAUUGCGAGACGUUUUGUAGAAAACUCUACGCAUUCGUGUCCGCUGUUGUCAUUCUCGCCGUUACAGUUUCAAUUGUAACAUCUAUUCAAUUGUAGUUACAGUUGUUCUUAUUCUUUCGUAAUUGUCAUUUUGCUCAUUUUUAAUAGAUUCUUGUGAUAUAUAAUAUUGUGCCUUAAGAGGGCGGAUUGAACAUUCGAAAGUGUAAAAGAGUUCGACAUGGAGUUGCUGCUCGAUGUUGUAAUCGUCACUUGAUUGUGCAGUCGUGAAGGUUAUUGUGAUUUGUGAAUGAAAGAGAAGGUGUGAAGUGAAAAGAUGCGAUCGAUGGAAGUGUAAAGUGAUUUAGUGUAGAAUUGUCCCUUAUCGUUUCUGAUGAAUCAUAAUCUUCUUGGGUAUUGAUUAAUUGUCAUAUCGUAAAUGUUUCAAGUAAGCACAGUCUGGGGCGAGAUAUGACUGUUUAAGAAGCAAACUGAUCUUUCUUAUUCAUAACAUUUUUGCGUAUUUAAAAUAAAGCAUCGUGUUAUUUUUUUAGUAAAGUAUUUUACUUUUAAUAUACAUAUAUUUGUCAAAUUACCAUAAAUAUGAGUAGAGUGAUACGCAACAUUCUUCCAGAUUGCAAGUCGUGAUUGAUUCUAGACUGGAUUUAAAUUUAAAUCUGCAAUUGAAAGUAAAUCCUGUUAAUAUUGAAUUUUCUUAAAAACAAUCAAUUUAUCGGAUCAGCUGGUUUACCAACCAUGAGUUUUUCUCCUAAAACAUAACAUCUUACAGUUAGUAUCUGUAGCUGCGUGUAAAUCAUUAAAUUUUAUUUAUCUUUAACUUUUUCAAACAAUACUUCCCAGACAUACAUAAUCCAAAUGACUGAACAAUUUUAUGAAAUAGCAUAAUAAGGCAACAACUUCGCAAUCAAGCGAGGUAGAGAAAUAGAUUCGUACAAAGUAUAAAAUGAUCUUUAUAAAGUAAUUUGCGGAUGAGCUCUAAUAGGUUGGUGGACGUUGCUAGAAAUUGGAGAUAUUUCAUUUGGAAUCAAUUUUCCACGGAGCAGAACGGUGAAAGUCUGGAGCGUGAAUGCGCGUAAUUGGUCUCUUAUAUUCUAUGUUUGGCAUUCUGGCGAGCAUUUCGUAUAAUUUCUCAGGAAUUCUUGGAUAACGAAAUUUCUGCCGAUCAGAAAUGGGCUUACCUUCAAGUAAACGCCAAUCUCUCUCGCGAAUCGCGUUCUGUAUGGAAGACUUUGGUAAACUGUUGAGGAUUUGAAUAUUGUUUGGGCAAUUAUUUAAGUUCUGAUUAUUAUUCGGUUGAUAUUUUGAAGAAUUAUACGAGUUUUAACAUUAUGGAUAUCGUAAGCAUUCUGAAUAUCUUUCAGAAUUAUUUGAACAUUAUUUAAUAUCAGUCGAGUAUCUUACAACCCUUUUCUACCAUUGUAUUCUAUCCUAACCUAAAAAAGAAAGUACUAAAAUUUGAGACAAUUUUUACAAUCAUCGUUUCACCGUUCUGUUCCAUCAAACAUCUAACCUUAACCUAAAAAGGAAGACAGCCAAGAAUUCUCCGCAUAAUUUGAAUUACCGCUCCCUUCAUACAGAAACAUAAAUCAUAUCACGGAAACGUGCAAAGGUGACAUUUAUUGUCAAUGCCUGUCCCCCAUCACUGAAGAAAAGUAAAGAACACGCAAAAAGAAAAAGAAGGAAAAAGAAAGAAAGGAAGACGUUCUCACGCGAUAAACGUCGAAGCUCCCGCUUUCGUGAUACUGUUACGUGGUGCCCGGGGGGUAAAGAAGCAACGAAAGGAAAGUGAUACGGGAGCCGUGCUCUAUUCGCCGACAUUGCGGUCCGCGGAGGAAGUGCACGCGUUUCACCUGCUGAUCCCGUCGCCGCAGACCAUAGUGUUUUCAAUCGCGUGCCGGAACGAGGACAGGUCAAAAACCACGCAAAGCCACGCUGAUAGUUCUUAAUGAUUCGCUGUUACUUAAACGCGAUUUACUUCAUUAAUAGAUUGUGGAUGAUUAGACAAAUUCAUAUUCCGGUAAUUAUGUAAUUUAGUGACAAUUUCCCAAUUGCGUUCUCAAUUUCUAAACGGCAAUCGUGAUUUUAGUUUGUGGUUUUCUGACUGGAUUAUGGAGCAUUUUGUAAUUUGAAGUUGCCCGUGAUGUCUGUGAGCAGAGGUGACUUAAAUUGCAUUCUAAAGUAAUCUGUAGUUGAUUGCAAAAUUUAUUGGAGUACUCUUUUGACUUGUACCAAGAAAUGUUGCAUUAUCGUAAGUCAAUUCAAAUUAUUUAAUCAAGGUACAUAUGUGCAUCGCUAUAAUAAAGUUAAAAUCAGUGAAGUUCAUUAACAUAAAAUCAUUUAUGCGAUCGAAAUUCGUGGAUCUAAAAAAAUCAGUGAACUUUUUGAAUGAUAUAAUAUCACAAAAGCGACUCACCCAGUUCACAUCUGCAAAAAAUUAUCUAAUUCCUCCCACUCGCUGUACUCAAAGAACCCAAGAAACCCACACCGCUGUAUUCUCAAUUUUCCCCAUGAAUCAGCGUCUGUUACCAACAAAUUACUCAGCAAAUUCUCGCUCCCUCCGCAUCGAGGAAAGCAUUUCAUCAUCCUGAUAACCAGAAUCAUUCGCCGAAUAACCAACAAAAAGCACCCAGUCAGCGGACAUCCUCUCAGAUACCGACCACUGGACCACUGUAUACUUAGAAUACCCCGUUUCUGGUUACAAACCAUUCCCUUGAUACAUCUGUCCGACUUAAUUUUUGCCCCAUCACACGACCAAACCAAGGAACUCGACGACGAAAUGCAUUUACAUGAAAGCAUCGGAUGACAUGCCAUUGACGGAACGAAGAUCAUGCAACAAGAAGGAUUGCAAAUGCGUGAUAUGCCGUGAACUGACCAACUACAGGAUGCCUGGUAACCUAGAGGCUCCACCUCGUCGCGAGGGCGUCAACUUCAUCCUGCGUCGCGCCCUGCCUUUUACUAGUAAAUCACCGUCUAAAGAAUGGUUAAAUAUAGGUAAUAAUAUACCAAAUUCUGGUGACCCUAAAGAUGGUACCACGAUAGAAGACAUUAAUCACAGGGAAGAAAUGGAGGGUACGAUGAUACCGGUAACCAGCUGUAACAUUAAAAAGAGUGACAAGGAGGUAGCUCAUAAGACUGUGAUCUACUUCGGUGACACGAAUCAGAGACCAAAUCACAGAUUCAACGGUAAAGAAUCUUCAGCUCAAUUAACGAACAAAGGCGAGUUAAAAAUAAUGGAGUCGAAGAAGGAAGAACAAGUUGCUGAUGGUCUGGAGGACGAAAGGUGUGGUGGAAAGGGGCAAAACGAGAGGCAACGGUCCACAGUGAGUUUGGUAGAGGAAGAGGACGUCAAGGUCACGCACGAAAUCGUGGUGAACGUCAGCCCUAGCAGGGAGGACGUGCUGAAGAUCGAGGAGGACGAAAGCCAGGUCGAGGAUUAUUGGUCCUUGCCGGGGGACAACACCGGGUUCAAGGCAGACUGGAGCUUCGUUCAGCAGUGGCGCCUGAGGGGACCGGCCGGUGGCAGUGGACGAGAAUUGUACUGUCCUCCAUACUCGAAAGACUUCACAGAAAGUUCUCCAAAAAACGGUGUUCAUAAUAUGGUUCACAUGGUGGCGGAAAGGGACACGGACAGCGUUGCUCCAACGCCAACGCCUCAACAUCCCCAUCACUCUCAACACUACCAUCUUAGUUUACAUGAAAUUCGCGCGCUUCAGAGGCGACCAGAAUGUACCGGUAAUAGUUCAUCAGAUGAAAAUCGAUCGUCAGGACAUGCAAGCAUGUCGGACACAGGUGGCCACACGAGUAGCAGUUCACCACCGCAUCGUCAUCAUAGGGCACACAGUCCACAGCAGCUGAACUCUGUGCCAGAAGACGAUCGUUUAUCGGCCUCGGUUACUCAGAGAAAUGGCAGGAAUAGAUCUGGGCAAAAUCGUAACAGACACAGAGCUACACCCGCUAAGUUACAGGUCCCAUGGUCAGGUUCUGGCUUAGAAGAUAUCAAACUAGCAAUUCAGCAGCUUACUAUGCGUUCCCAUAAAUCGUCUUCCACCUACUCCUCCUUGAGCGGAUCCGAGAGUUCAGAACCAGCUGUAAGGAGACUGAUGAGGCACUCCAGCUUAGAAACCAUAAAUACCAACGUAACCAGUGCUGACGAGUUCGUCUGGGUAGACUCUCAUAAUCGGCUGGUAGAGUUACAGCAAUUACCAUGGACGCACCACGAUGUCCUUCGCGUGUUGCAAAAUGGUCGCACUAGAGAACACAUGGAGCAAGUCUCUAUGGAAACGAUACCGCGUCUCUCUUAUCUGCUGCAACGAGCGCUGGUUAGAAUCGGUCGAGAAACUCAGAGACUGGCUAAACCUGUUGGUCUAUGCAGUAAACACGAGGUAUACAGCGCAUUCAAAAUUGUGCUUUGUCCGGCCUUGGCAGAUUCUUGUACCAAGGCCUGCUUGCGUGCUGCAGCGAUGUUCGCCGUAUCUGGUGAUCAGUUAAAGCAAUCGAAAGCAUCUCGAUCCGGGCUACAACUACCAGUGGGAAGAUUUCUUCGUUGGAUGUCUGAUGUACGACUAGGAAGAAUGAUACACGAGUAUGCAGCCAUAUAUUUGACCGCUGGAAUCGAAAAUCUGUUGGAAGAAAUACUACUACAAUGUAUACCGACUGAUCCCCAUACAACAUUGACUGCAACCAUGUUGGAACAUGCUAUUGCAAACAGUGGAGAUUUAUGGGGUCUUCUGCAACCGUACGCGCAUCUAAAUGCUGGUCGAACGGCAUCAGGUGCACUUGCCAUGCCACGUUGGGCCAGUAUCAGUUCUUUAAAUUCCUCCUCAUCAUCUCGCAGCGGAAGAGAUGCAGCGGGAUCAGCGUUAGAACCGUCGCUUUUAACCACCUGCGUAGGAUCAAUGUCAGAACUGGUAGAUUUAAUAUCAAAAGUAGCUCAAGCAGGACGUUCACCUAUACCUUUAACAACCAAGGCAUUGAAUGCUCUCUUUUAUUACAUGAGGUGUUCGCAGUUGGAACACGGUGAACGAGGUUCCGGGAUACAAGAACUCGCAUACGAACGAGCGUACGUCGUACUUCCGCCACUGGUUGAAUGGCUAAGAGUUGCGACCGCUCAUGCAGAACACAGGCACGGUCUAGUUGUGGAUCAAGAUGACAUUAAUCAAGCUGCCAGAUUGCUAUUGCCCGGAGUAGAUUGUCCUGUUAGACCGAUAUGCUUCGAAGAAGUUUCAGUCUGCUCGAAGCGCAUUGACGAUUCUGAAUACGUCCGGCUCCUAACUAUGGAUAUGGCCUUCAAGAUGCUAACAAGCGGUCGUGCAGAUUUAAUAGCUCAAGCCAUGCCUCUUUUACCGUCGACAAAGAUCAAUACUGUGAAUGAUAAUGGCUUCACUGCUUUAAUGAUAGCGUGUAUAAACAGUGAUGAAACCGCUGUUCUAGCAUUGUUAGACGCUGGCGCUGAUUUGAACAUCGAAAGUCCACCUCCAUCCACUGGACAAUCAGCGAACACACCUUCCAAGGCUCCAGCAGCUCUAAAUGUAUCAAAUGCUAGAAGUCCAAUGACGUCAUCUGCUGUAAUGACUCCAGGAAAGAAUGUGCAGUCUUCAAAUUCGUCUUCCAGUUCACCUAGCACCUCUAGUAACGUUUCUAAUAGUACAUUCUGUAAUCAGUCUGGAUUCAAUGCAGAAACGCAACAUUGGACUGCUUUAACCUACACGGCGUUGUUAGGACAUUGUAAUAUUGCUAGAAUAUUGUUGGAGAGGGGUGCAGCUGUUGAAGGUGGGGCUAAAUUGAGCGAAGAUAAAUCUACGGUUACACCAUUGCAAGCGGCUACAGCAUCUGGCAAUUAUGAAAUGGUUGCACUUCUUUUGGCUCAUGGAGCUCAGCCGUUUUUAUCUACUUUGAUAAAAGAUUCAUUUUCGUACUCUGGUUCUGCUCAGCGGGGCUGUUAUAGUGCAAUAUCAGUAGCAACAGCUCAUGGUCAAAGGAGUUGUCUUCAUCAACUGUUGUCUCACCCAUUAAACUUCUCUGCCAAACGAGGAGAAAAAGAAGUAUUGUCAUUAGAAGAAAUUUUGGCAGAAGGUAGUGCCGGUACUAGUCCCCAACAACAAACUGUAGAUGGAAGAGGAAAUAGAAGAGAAGGCAAAGAGCCAGUCUUUAAUAAAGUUCAAACUAAAGCUUUACAAGAAGCAAUGUACCAUAGUGCUGAAAGCAACCACUUAGAUAUCACGAUGGAACUUCGUGGAUUAAAAGUGGGUUGGACGUUACAUUGCUGGAUGCAUAGUCUUGCAACAGCUCACGAAAUAAGAUUAGAUUCGGUAAUAGAUCAAUUACUUCAAGAUUUUCUUCAAGUUUGCCCAGAUGACUAUUCGACACAAUUCGUACAAGAAUGUCUCCCACUGUUGUUUAACAUUUUUAGAUAUAGUAAAAAAGAAGGAACGACGCUUCUCCUCGCGGAUAUUUUCUGUACGUGCUUUGGAUGGGAACCAAUAAAACCUAUUCGAGAUACAACACUUUCUAGUGGAUCCAGAAUAGAUCCCAAGUUUGUAAAUAAUCCAGAAUUAAGCGAUGUACAAUUCAGAGUGGAGGGCAGAGUCUUCUAUGGCCAUAAAAUCGUUUUGGUCACAUCGUCACCGAGAUUUAGGAAUAUGUUAAGUUCAAAACUGUGCGAGGGAAAUCCUCCUAUUGUACAAAUUAACGAUAUUCGAUAUCACAUUUUCCAGAUGGUUAUGGAAUUUCUAUACCAUGGUGGUUGUGCUACGUUAGAAGUUAAUCAAAGUGAUGUUCUGGAGUUAAUGGCAGCCGCAAACUUUUUCCAAUUGGAUGGAUUACUUAGGUAUUGCGAGGCACAAUGUUCUUCUAUGGUUGAUCUCGACAAUAUCGUUUCUAUGUAUAUUCACGCAAAGGUUUACAACGCCACGCAACUUUUAGAAUAUUGUCAAGGUUUUUUACUACAAAAUAUGGUCGCUUUGUUAACUUACGAUGACUCAGUUAAACGUUUAUUGUUCGCUAAAAAACUGCCUAAUCACGAUGUCCUCGCAGGCCUUCUUCUUACUUUACAAGCAAGAAUAAAAGCUAGACGAUCUCAGCAACAAAAUAAGAUGAAAGCUUAGAGAUAUGUUAAAUAUCAUGCACGGUAUUUAUAUUAGCAUCGUCAUUAUCAUUUUACUUUAGCUAUCGUCACUUGUAGUGAUAAACAUAUCCACGUAUAUUUAAAUGACAUCUUUUAUGAAAAAAGACCCGUAAGCGAACUAAGACUGAGUUUUUUCAUUAUUUUUAACUUUUUUCUAUCGGUUAUUCAAAUAUAAAUUAUCAGCAAUACUUAUUGAUUUAAUAUUAAUAUCUUAGCAUUUCAUUCAGGAUACUAAUGAACCAUAAAACUUACGUUUCUGUUAUGCAUUUAUUUUAUUCUUGUAUAGUAUUUCUAGUUUAAGUAUUUUUUGUAAACUACGUGCUAUAAAUGUACAUUAGAUAUUAUUCGAAUUAUAUAAAUUACUGUUAUAAAUGAAUCCCAUGCGUAUAUACUAUAAUUAAAGUAUUAAUUUUUUUUAAAUUAAUUUGUUCAUCACAAAUUUUUAAAUCGUGUAAAUAUAAAAAUAAUUAUAAUAGAGUAUAGACGGUGGUAUAUGCUGUAAGUUUUUAGUGACAGCAAGCUAUUAAUAUAUAUAUAACAAAUGAACAUAUAUAUUUUGUAUAUAAAACAGGCUGAACAGUUUAAACGCGAUAAAGAAAUGAUAGUGCGGAAUAUUCAAAUGUUAUCUUAUGUAUUAAUAAUACAACAUAAUUUGUACAUCUCGGUUGCAAUAAAUUAUAAAUAUUGUGAUAAUGAAAACAUUAAA